AUGGUGUUUCAUCGAGCACUGAUAGAAGUGCUUGCAGAACGAUGGACGACCGGUGCUACCGAAGGUGGUGAUUACGCAGCCGUCGUCGACGGAUCUACAGCAGUCGCUGUCGACUUCGAUCGACACCAUUCACUUAAGACGGAAGAAGAAAUGCUGUGUGAUACUGUAGCGAUGGCAAUUCGUCGUGGGAGUCGACAGCAAUCGUUUCAUCUCCAUAUGAUAUAUAUUUCUUUUAAAAUACGGGCCAAUGCAUUUGAAUAA